ACGUGGUUUGUGUAAGCACGGCGGCGCACGCAGACGCAAGAAGAGCCACAGAAAUGGCGUCUGACGGUGGCAGCUCAUCGCUGCAGCUACCCUGCGUUUUCUCACCCAAAUCACGCCAGUAUUUGGCUGUGUGCGCUCAGGAUGGGAGACUUCGAAUCUGGAAUACAGACAGCAAAACUAUUCACCAAGAAUACGUGCCUUCAGCUCAUUUGAGUGCCACUUGCACGUGCAUCGCCUGGGGACCAUGCCGAACAGUGAAGGAGGGACCUCAGAGGAAGAAGAGGAAAUCGGAGGCGGUGCAGGUGGAGGAGAAGGCCGACCUGUUGGCGAUGGGCACAGCGGCUGGCAGCGUCCUCCUCUACAGCACUGCUAAGGGAAGCCUCCACUGUUCCCUGGAUGAAGCUCACAGUGCAGGAGUGAACUGUGUCCACUGGCACCCUGAAGACAGCGUGUUGUACAGCGGCUCAGACGACACAAACAUUGUGGAAUGGGACCUGCAGUCAGGAAAGAUGAGGAGUAAGUGGAAGGCGGACCGCGCCGCAGUGACCAGCCUGUGUGUCAGUCCUGACGGCAAACUGCUGCUUUCAGCGGGACAUGUGAUCAAGAUGUGGGACCUGGACACCAAGGAGCUCUACAGAAAAUUCACAGGACAUUCAACGGCUGUGACGACCCUGCGCUUUGCCACCACUCGACCCCCCGACAGCAACGGGCUGUACUUUGUGUCCGGCGCUGCACACGACCGGCUGAUCAGUGUUUGGCAAGUACGAGAAGAUGGGAAGGACAAGAACUCGGUGGUGUCGUUCACACUCACUGAUGAGCCGAGACACGUUGACCUCGUCCCAUCCAACAGCAAGGAAGAGGCGGUAAGGCUGGCAGUGGUGUGUCAGGAUGGGCAGCUGCAUUUGUUUGAGCACUUUUUAAAUGGACCCUGUAAGAAGCCCUUUUUGCCCUCGUGUUCGGUGCAAAUGGCAGACACCAGGGAGUCACCGAUGCCCAUCCCCAUGCUGGCUGCUGUGCUCGGAAGGGAUUCCCGGUCCGUGCUGCUGGCCUACGGAAACCACCUGCAGCCCGUCAUAGAGCAAGUGGAGGUCAACACCACAGAGAGACACGUGUGUUUGAGUCGAGACGUGAAGACCAGCUUGUCUCUCACCAUGGAGAGCACCGUCUCAAAGGUGAAAACCCCGGUUGUUAACACAAAGAGCAAAGUACUGGUGCCUGGACUUCCUGGUCACCAAGCUCCAUUAAAAGGAUCCCAUCUUGAAAAGGCAUCAGAGAAAAGAAAAAAGGACACCAAAGAGAUGUCAAUAGCUGAGCAGCUUGGCGAGAUCGAUCUAUCAGCCACAUCCAGCGAGAAGGUGAAGGCGUCUUUACAGACGGACAAUUAUGCGGUGCUGUUGGUGCAAGGUCUGGAGAGCAACGACGCCGACAUCCUAAAUAAAGUUUUACAGACUCGUAAAGAGAUGGUGAUAAAGAAGACGGUUGCUCGGUUACCGCUCUCUGCUGUUCUUCCGUUGGUUAAAGAGCUCACAAAUAGACUUCAAGGACAUCCUUUUGCGGGAAUUCUGAUGGUUCGGUGGCUGAAGGCUGUCCUCAUGCACCACACGUCGUACCUGGCAUCUCUGCCGGACCUGGUCACUGAGCUGGGAGUCCUUUAUCACAUGAUCGAGAGCAGAGUAAAAAUGUUCCACAAACUCACAAAACUUCACGGGAAACUUUACCUGCUGAUGACGCAUGUGGCGGCCAGUGACAGCAGCAACAUGGUCUCAGAGGUCGACCACACAGCAAAGCUGGUGUAUGAAGACGAGUCAUCAGAUGAAAAUGAAGCUUCUGGUGAUGAAGUUCUUCCUGAGGAUGACUCUGAUCACUGGGAAGAAGAGGAGGGCAUGGAAGAAGACCAGCAAAGUUCAGAGGAAGAGGAUGAGGGCAACAGAACAGAACCCAAAGCAAACGGAGAAGAAGACAUGGAGCAUGAAAAUGAGAGUGAAGAAGAAUAAAAAAACCUGUUGAUUCUACAUAAAAAGGACCUGAAAGAGU